UUCUACUCCAUCAAUACAUUGAAGUGAGGUAACGUUUUAGAAGAAAAAAAAAGAUGAGCAGCGUAAGGAAAGGGCCGCCGAAGCACCAGAACAAAGUCGCCUGGAAACCUAACGCCGGCGUCAAAAUCAAUGAAACCGAAGUGGGUGGAAAGUUUAGGCCUUUCUCAGACAUAACAGGAGUAUGCCUUCGUUGUAAAGAUCAAAUUGAAUGGAAGCGCAAAUAUGGAAAAUACAAACCCCUUACUGAACCUGCUAAGUGUCAGAAGUGUUCGAAAAGAAACGUGCGUCAAGCUUACCACAAUCUCUGCACUGGCUGUGCAAAGGAGCAUAAUGUAUGUGCUAAGUGCUCAUGUCGUGUUGGUCAAGUGGUUGGAAGAGAUGUUUCAGAAGUGGAGGCUGAGAAAAAGGCUCUUGAGGAGGCCAUCAAGAAUGCUCGAGAACGGGAUAGGCGGUCACUUCUACGUGCUAUGAACAAAGGGAAGUCUCAGAGUUCAGACAAAAACCUAACUCAAAAUGACAUGAAGGUCGGUGAACUGUUUACAGCAUCAUCACUUGAGGAAUAUGCGGAGGUAAACCGUGAUGAUGAUGAUGAUGUUGAUGAUCAGCUCCAAGUUAUUUGAGAUGUGCAUUUUAGAGAAUAAAUUUCAUAUGGCCCUUUAUAGAUUUCUCUUCAUGGUCGCUAAUUUGAUUCACACUCGCACAUUUAUAGUGGCAGCUUUGGAGAAAGAAGUGAAUUUGUUGGCCACAAUUGAUAGAGGCUGUUUGAUGGAUAGUGGAUAUAGGCUUUCAGAUUUUCUUAGCUAGUGAUUAAGAGUUCUGAAAGUGUAAUAUAGGCUAAAAUAGAUUCUUAAGCCUAUUUAAUUUAAAACAGGCUAUAGUAUGAGGUUUGAAGUUAUAAGUUUUGCAGAGGAGAUCCUUCGGCCUUAAGUUCAUUUCUUUAUUGGGGUAGUCUUGUAGAAAUUUUAUCCGAAUAUGCGAUUCAGCUUAAAAGACAGCUUGCUUCAUGAUAUUGUUAUGUAAGAGCAUUGGUGUUUUGCUAGUCAAUUUACUCAUAUUACUAGUU